UUAUACAACUUAACACUCCUGGUCCCCUUAAAGAUUGCACAUAUGUGACCAUAAUUCAUCAAAGAGCAAGCAAACAAAAAAUCCCCAUGGCCUCACCCACCGACCGAACCGCAACUCUCAAGGAGUUCGACGAUACCAAAACCGGGGUCAAAGGCCUCGUUGACUCCGGCAUCACUUCCCUUCCGGCCAUCUUCCACCAACACAACGCCCACCUCUCACUUCCUUCUGCCACCCACCUCUCAGUCCCCAUCGUCGAUCUCUCCCUCCCACACCCCAUCGUGGUCGAUCUCAUCCACUCCGCAUGCCGAGACUGGGGCAUCUUCCAGCUCGUCAACCAUGGCAUCCCUCUCUCCACCAUCGACAGCACCAUCUCCGCCGUCCGAUCCUUCAACGAGCUCCCCCCUGCCGUGCGAUCUCAAUACUACACGCGUACGCCCGUUGGCGGCCUCAGCUACUACUCGAACUUGGACCUGUUCUUGUCUGCCACGACGUGCUGGAGAGACACGUUGAAGAUCGACUUGGCUCCGGUUCCGCCGGAGUUGAACCGGAUUCCGGAGGUUUGCAGGGAGGCUCUGUUGACAUGGGACGAGGUCGUGAAGGAGGUGGCAAAGGAAGUGAUGGUGAUGAUGUGUGAGGGCCUCGGAGUGGACCCGGGCAAGCUGGAGGAGAUGACGUGUCUGGAAGGGAGGACAAUGGUGGCACAUUACUACCCGCCAUGCCCGGAGCCGGAUCUGGCGUUAGGGGCUAUUGAUCACACUGAUCCCGGGGCUUUGACGGUUCUGAUUCAAGACCAGAUUGGGGGACUGCAGGUGAAGAGUGAAAGGGAUGAGUGUUGGGUUGACGUGAAGCCCGUUCCUGGAGCUCUCGUUGUCUUCGCUGGUGAUUUCCUUCAGGUACGUACGUAUGCAUGACUGCUUGAGAUUAUUAGCAAAAUAAUAGUUUGAUUUAAAUUAAUAAUUCAAUAGACUAUACAUCUAAUUAAUGUUGCAUAAUUCUGGGUUUUGCACCUGUUUACCUUAAAAAUUCACCUAGUCAUUUACAUGCCUCAAUGAAACGAAAUAGUAUAUAUAUAUAUAUAUAUAUUCUCUUUAAAAUUUAAUCUGUUUAUGUAUAGGUUUCUAUCUCAUAUACAUGCACUAUUAAAAUAUACUAGGCAUUCUCAUCGGCUUCGGAUCGGAGUUUUAAAAAUUUUGUGAGGAGUUUUGAGGCAAUAUUAUAUAUAAAAUAAUAUAAUUAAAUAACUCCUAAAAUGGAAACUAUUGUAUGCCUUGGAUUUUAAAGAUUUU